GAUCGUCGGCCGUUGACGUGUUUACAACCGGGGUCUCCUAGAAGAACAUCCGGAGCUGGGCAGCGCAGGACCAGGUCAGCUGACUGUUGGCAUCAACUAGCGGCUGUUGUUGCCAUCUCACCUGAAGAGGAGCCCAGGGGGGAGGAAAAGCCUCUCGUCUGUCUCUCCCCCCCCAAAAAAGGCUUCGAGCCGCUCACCAGCCGGAGCGGCCAUUAGCCCCAGUAACCGGCCACGUCUCCCCGCCUUCCGCAGGGAUGAGUGUCGGCGCUCCGAGAGGCCUGGCCAGCUCGGGGCAGAAGCUCAUCACGGAGAUGCUCCACCCGCUGUCCGCCGCCGAGGAGCCGCCGUCCCCGGGGCCAGAUGUCACCGUCAGCGCGGAGGAGAAGGAGAAGGUGAAGCAGGAACCGGGCCUGACCAACGGCGUACCCGAGGAGGCGUCCAGCCCGGCCUCCGCGUCGGUGCUGGUCAACCGGCUGCAGCUGGACGAGGACCCGGAGGCAGACGCUCAGGACCCGUACGGCUCCGCGGAACCCUGCGACCUCUUCGUCACCGUCGACGACCCCAAGAAGCACGUCUCCACCAUGGAGACCUACAUCACCUACAGAGUCUCCACUAAGACGUCACGGAUAGAGUUCGACCUUCCGGACUACUCUGUCCGGCGGCGCUACCAGGACUUCGAUUGGCUGAGGAUAAAACUAGAAGACAGCCAGCCGACCCACCUCAUCCCUCCGCUGCCUGAGAAGUUUGUGAUGAAGGGCGUGGUGGACCGCUUCUCGGAGGAGUUUGUGGAGACGAGGAUGAAGGCUCUGGACAAGUUCCUGAAGCGCGUGGCGGACCACCCAGUCCUGUCUUUUAACCCACAUCUUAACGCCUUCCUGACUGCCAAGGACCUGAACAAGCGUCAGGGUCUGGCCCUGCUGACCAAAGUGGGGGAGUCCGUGAAGCACGUGGCGGGAGGCUACAAGCUGCGGGCGCGGCCAGCUGAGUUCUGCGCCAUGGGAGAGUAUUUGGACACGUUCAGCCAGAAGCUGGGAACCAUCGAUCGCAUCGCUCAGAGGAUCCUCAGGGAGCAGUCAGAGUACCUAACAGAGCUGCGCGAGUAUGGCGCCGUCUAUUCCAGCUGGGCCGGGUCAGAGGAGCAGCUGCAGCGCCCCCUGGAGGGCGUGGCCGGCUGCGUGACGACGAGCUGCGGCGCUCUGGAGGAUCUCAGCGACAACAUGAGCCAGGACUUCCUGCCGGUCCUCAGAGAAUACGUUCUCUACAUCGAGUCCAUGAAGAACGUUUUGCGGAAGCGAGACCAAGUGCAGGCGGAGUACGAGGGCCGCCUCGAAGCAGCCGUGUUGCGCAAACAAGAAGACCGAACGCCGAUUCCUGUGGAGGUGGAGAAGUGCCAGGACAAAGUGGAGUGCUUCAACGCCGACCUGAAAGCAGACUGGGAGCGCUGGCAGAGGAACAAGAGGCAAGACUUCAAACAGCUCCUCACGGGCAUGGCCGACAAAAACAUCAACUAUUAUGAGAAGUGCCAGGCGGCAUGGGAGUCCCUCAUAACGCUGCUCCAGGAGAAACAGACUGAGGACAAAACGAGUGAGACGGAGCUGAACUGAACUGAACGCGAGCUCUCGCCUCACGCUCACCCACGCAGAGGAAAAACGGCGACUAGACGGCGGCCUCCCGCUGCUAAGGCCCGCCUCCCGUUCUCCGCGAGAGACGAUGACACGGCAGGCAGCCGCCUUCCACGCGGACGCGGCCUGUGAUGGAAGAAGGUAAUGAGUGGUGCGUUUAAGGUCAGCUGGGAAACUAGACAACCUUCUGUACAGAGCCUUCUCUCUUUUUUUUUUUUUUGUUGUUCUUUUUUUUUCUACGGACUUUUUCUACCUAAUACUUCGGAUUAACGGUCUUUUUGUUGUUGCCAACGCUGCUUGUGUUUGUCUAACUCCGUUUGUGGAGAGAUGCCUUUUCCAUCCGCCCUCUCCGCUUUCACGCUGAGCCAAGCGGAGCACCGAGGACCCCAGGUGCCACAGUUCAAUAAACCAAUAAGUUGGUAAAUGAGUAUUUAUGAGUUCAAUAAAAUUGUGAAGAAAUAAAUACGUUUAUUAUUUAAAUGAUUAGAUGCUUUAUGAAAAAAUGAUUAAAUGAGAAAAUGGUUGAUUAGAAUUUGAAUUCGUUAAAUGUUAAAAGCAUUCAGAAUUAUUUUGGAUUUAGGUAUUUCACGCUUUUGCCUGUUCAAUUUAUUUUAAGUCAAGCUAUCCAGUGGAAGUCACUGGGCAGGGCGGGGCCAGGCGCUCCGACGCAUGAGGGGAUUGGUCCACAGACGAGUUGAGUUAACCAAUCAAAUGUCAGAGUCCAUUUAAUGGUCCAAACUGACAGUUUCAAUUAUUUCCUGAUCAAAUGUGGAACAAGAACAUAUGAUAAAACUGAAUAAAUAUGGAAGUAGUUAUAUAUAUAAUAUGAGUUGAACUGCUCAUCAAUGAAUUCAUCAUUCAUUUUUUUUAAAUUAUAUAUUAAGUUAUUGCCACGUUUAAAAAAAUAUAUAUAUACAUUUUUUGAGUUAAUGCACUACAUUUUUAUGUGGAUCAUUAUAUAGGUAUAUACAUAUAUAAAUGUUUAUUUACCAAAUACGAAAAUCUAUUGGAAUGUGGCCUUUUUUUGCCCUCAAUAAAGGAGAAUUUGAACAUUCCCCCCACCCCCCCACCCCCUCCUUGCUAGAAAGGGAAACUCUCUGAAACAGUUAUGCCAAAAAAUUAAAUGAGACUUACCGUAAUAUUUUUUUCUGCUGUUACAUAGUAAUCGAAUUACCGAAGAGUCAAAAGAGUUCUUCGUUUUGCACGGCUCAUUGCAGGAAUAAAAAAAAAAAGAGUUUAGACAUUUUAUCCCAUAUUCUCUUCCAACACCGGUUAAAUCAGGGCUGUGGUGACAAAAGCCAUACAUGCAGUUUUACAUCAGCUUUAUUGAUGAGUGUCUAACAGCACCCCCUAGUGGCGGGCUUUUAACGGUUUCAUUUCUCAUUUUCCUGUUGGAUUUUGUUGUUGUAAUGAGCAUUUAAAACCGCAGUAUCUUGAUAUUCCUGCACUUCUUCUAAAACCUAAAGGUGGCAAUGUUGAGCAGGGUGGGAUGCGGCUUUGGAGGAACUUUGAAGGAAAAAGUGAACGCUUUAUAAACAAUAAUAAUAAAAAAGAAACAGUUCAGAGCUGGAAUAGCUGAGUCAUUCCAAGUUGCCGAUGCUUCGAGCGUAAGGAGGAACUCAAACCACCCGAUUAAAAAGUUGAUUUUGCUCCAGACAAGCAAUCUGUUGCAGAACCUACGUUCAUGGCGAUGCCGCCCUUCCUUCAAACGGUUAUUUAUUAAACGGAAACGGCGUGAAGCCGUCAUAGUGUUGACUUUGUGGACACGUCUCCAGAGCUGUGACUCAGUGGGGAAAACAU